AUGGGCGUCGUCUACCACCUCAAGGAGGUGUUCAAGCACUACUGGGAUCUGGGCUUUGUGUCCUUCGGCGGUCCCGGCGUGCACGUCAUCAUCCUCCGGAAACGUUUCGUGCAGACACUGAAAUGGGUCGACGAGACUGUGUUCCUCGACCUGUUUGCGCUCGGCAACGCCCUCCCGGGACCAGGUAGCACGCAGCUCGCCUUCUCGAUCGCGGUGGUAUGUCACGGCGUAUUGGCCGGUCUGCUCGCCUUCUUCCUCUGGUCACUGCCCGGAGCGAUCGGCAUGGGUAUUCUGGGUUAUGGCGUUGGACGGAUUCCGGAUCAGAUCCCAGCCAUCGUGAUGGCGCUCCUGACCGGCUUGAACGCGGCAGCAGUCGGUCUCAUCGCUCUCGCGGCCGUGCAGCUCGGUCAUGCCGCAGCGACAGACAAGAUCACGCUCGUCAUCCUCUGGCUCUCGGCCUCGUUCGGCAUCUGCUACCACGCGCCGUGGAUGUAUCCCGUCCUCAUUGUCGCGGGUGGCCUGACGACACUGCUCUGGGACUUCCGCCGGCAGUGGUUUAUCACCCCCGCCAAGAAGCUGGUCAAGAAGCACGAGCAUCACCCGCAGCAGCACGGCGACAUCCCUCUCGAGCCGAUCCCGGAGCGACGCUCGCCCACAGCUUCUGUCGCCGACAACGCAUCUCUCCGUGAGCGUGCUUCCAUUCGCAAGACGUCCGAUACCGACAUUCCCGUCGUGCCCGAGGUCUCGUCCGUCCCAGCCCCUGCGCCGAUCCACGAACGUCCAGGCUCGACUCGCUCCGUCUCAAACGGUAUCGGCAACGUGAGCUCAACGUCGUUGCGGCCCCGCGCCUCCCCGAGUGAGGAGGAGGCGCCCGAGCCGACACCGGAGCCAGCGCAGGAGACGCUCAAGUUCAAAGUGAUCCCGACCUCUGUGGCGUGUGCGCUGUUGCUCGGCUUCGUGCUCUUCCUGGCCGUGCCGCUCGGCGUCCGUGGCGGCCUGAAGCAUGCCGGGAAGCACGUGUCCCGCGCCUUUGACUUCUUCUGCGCCGUCCUCAUCCCCUCCGUCAUCAUCUUUGGCGGCGGGCCGGUCGUAAUCCCCCUGCUGAGGGACUAUGUUGUCGCUCCCGGCUUCGUGUCCGACCGCGACUUCCUCCUCGUCUUCUCCAUCCUGCAAGCGUUCCCCGGCCCUAACUUUAACUUCGCCGUCGCCCUUGGCGUCAUUGCCCUCACGCCCGUGGGCCAGCCGGUCCUGGGCGCUUUCCUGGGCUACAUCGGUAUCUUCGCGACUGGCAUUCUGCUCAAACUCGCUCUCUUGCCUAUCUACGUGAACUGGAAGGAUCUGACUGUCGUCCGGGCCAUCAUUCGCGGACUGAAUGCCGCCGCCUCCGGACUCGUCUUCACCGCCGUCUGGCAGCUGUUCCUCGUCGGAUACAUCUACUCCUCUGGCGAGGGAGAUAAGAGCACCUCGCUCUCGGGACCCCUCACGGCUGACCCUUUCUGGGCCGUCGUGGCGUCGGGUUCGUUCCUCGCGAGCUACCGCUUCAGCUCGCCGGCUUGGGCCAGCGUGCUGGGUGGCGGCGUGGCGGGACUCGCAUGGUACGGCGUGCAGCAAUCGAAGUAG